AUGACACCAAUGCUUGCAAAUGUUUAUUUUAAAUCUAUGUCACCGAAAUUAAAAGUACUUGCUGGUCUCGAGCCCCUAAUGAAAGGCGGAGGAAGUGAUUGGUACAUACCACCAGCAGAUUUACUACAAGGAAGACUAGUAAUGAAACCUCUCCAUAGGAAAUUUUUGUCAAAGUUAAAUUUUAGCGGCAUUGACUAUUUCGGUGAAAGAAUACUCAAAGAACAUCGUGAGAAAAUGGAAGAAGAAAAACAGAAUGCUUUACUUGAAAAUGAUAGAAAUUGGAAGGAAAUGAUUGAGAGGAGUUGUUGCCAAUACUGGGAUGACAUAUCAAAAGAACAAUCUAAAGAAAAUACUUCAAAAAUUCAACAGGCAUUUCAUGAAUUCACCACAUUGUAUGCGACUUCUAUAACUAAAAUAGAAGCUAUUCUUUCUGACGCAGCUACCAAAGAAAUCGAGCGUGUCAAGGAAGAAGCGUUCAAUAAAAUGGCUUUUCAAUACGAGACUCUGUUGAAACAACAAGCUACAAUGCUAUAUGACAGAUAUACAAAUAAACUAUUAAAAGAGAAAACUAAACAAAAGGAGCAAUUUAUAUCUGCAAUUGAAAAUUGUAAAACAGAGAUGGGAAAUAAACUUCAUGACAUUAAUGUAGAAAAACAUGUUGCAAUAGAAAAGCUCCGCAUCAUCUUGGAAUGUCAGAAUUUAGCUUGUCAAGUAUAUGUGGCAUUAAAAGAACGAGAAGAAUGUAAAAAAGAGAUAGAGUUGGCGAAGCACGAACAUAAAAAGAAAAUUAAAGAAUUUUCUGCAAUAAUGAAAAUGCAAGAUUUAGAAAUCAGUCUUGCAAAAGAAAAAGAAAUGAGGAGAAAAGAAUUCAUUCAGGUUUGGCAAAAGAAAGUUUGCCAUGUUGUAAAGAGGUUUCAGGAAUUUGUGAAAUAUUGCUUAAAUACGUUGCCAGAACAAGCAGAUUUCUUUAUAAACAUGGAAAAAUUAAUGCUUUUACAACUCAGCGAAACACUAGAUAAUCCAAGUGUCGAAAGCAUAUUCAUUCCCGAAGAAGAGACCUUUAAAACUCCAGUUCCGAAACCACAUCCAUUCUACCUCUUUUGUGAUAAAGGAUAUAAACCAAAUAUAGAAGAUAAUCUGUGUCCCAAGCAUUGUACAUCUAGUGCAUCGCAGCUGCCGGUAAUUGUUGUUAAUAAAAAAUGUAUUUACUCAGCUUGUGAUAACUUUUAUAACUUUGCCGAAAAAGUGCAACAGUUAAUAGAAAGUCGACAUGACGAAGAUUUAGUUGAUGACCAUGACUACAAAUUUGAUAUUCCAAUUAAAAGUACGUCGUCAGACCAGCUGAGGGAACUGAAAUUGGAGAGUUCCUUAAUGCAGCUCUUACAAAAAGAAUUUCCUAAUCCGAGAGAUGUUCAAAUCGAAUGUUGCGUGUGUAAAAUACCUACAUGUUAUUGCGAUAGCCCAGUCAAGAAAUCGCCUCAUAGGGCUGUGGAAGAAUCGAAUGAAAUAGAAAUAUGGCAGCGGAAAGACUUUCGUCCAAAAAUAAUUCCAAGAAGUAUUGAACUCGAACACGAACGAGAGCCAAAGUGGGAAAGUUAUUUACAAUAUAUGCUGCCCAAAAAAUGUCAAUGUGCCAAGCGGAUUAAAAAAGGUUUGAAAGAACAUCUUCCUGCUUAUAUGCGAAAUAUGUCAACAUACAAUGCACCGGAUUUGCCAAAUUACGAAACAUGUACAUUGGACAAACUAAAAAAGUUAGUUAAAAGAAGUAGAGGGCGAAGACCUCCGGAAGUGGAAACUGUUUCUACGGAAUCUAAAUCUAAAGAUGUUAGCACGCAAUAUUCGGAUCAGGAAUUCGAAUUUAUGUGUACUUGUUUCUCUGACGAAGAAGCUGAUAAAGUCAACUUCUAG